GGGACCUAUGGCGACGCGUCCUCUCCCAAGCCGUUCUCCGCCCCUACAGCCGCCGUCGCCGCUUGUUGCAGCCCCUGGGACCGUGGUCUGAUUCUCUGGACCGUUGGACCUGGCUCCUCUCUCGCACAUCUUUGAUCCUCUUCCAUCGCACGGCCUCCAACCUGUCCAUCUACCGACCCAUCAACUCCCGUUCUCAUCGGACCUUCCGGCGGGAUCUUCAUCAUAACUGGACGGGGCCCCUUCCUGGAGACGUCCAAAGGGCAUCAGUUGACCUUCACCCACGGACAGCCUAUGUCACUGUCACAGGCACAGCCCCGGUCGAUCCACCAGAUCCGGAGACAUUGCCAGCCUCGAUCCUUCACAUCUGGCGGGAAUUGGCAGCCGACAUGGACAACGAGUGCGGCUGGGUCCCGGAAUACAUCUACAUUGACGGUGAUGAACAAGUCCUACUGGAGGCACUGGAGAAGGGAAAGCUACGGAUGAUCAGCGAUGGCUCCUUCAAGCAACAAGUGGGCACCGCCGCAGUCCAGCUAUGGACAAGGGGACAUCUGGGGUUUUGGCAUCCUGUGUGGCUGGUUGUUCAGGGAGAGCAGGUGGAGGUUUCUUGA